GGGGUUGAAGUUCAAAGGACGAAGUUACACAGAAAAGCCGAGUAUGGAGUCCAUCUUCCAUGAGAAACAAGAGGGUUCCUUGUGCGCCCAGCACUGCCUGAACAACCUGCUCCAGGGAGAGUACUUCACCCCAGUGGAGCUCUCCUCCAUUGCACAUCAGCUGGAUGAGGAGGAGCGCAUCAGGAUGGCUGAGGGAGGAGUGACCAGCGAAGAGUACAGGACAUUCUUACAGCAACCAUCAGGGAACAUGGAUGACAGCGGCUUCUUUUCCAUCCAAGUUAUCAGUAAUGCACUACGGGUUUGGGGCUUGGAGUUGAUUCUCUUCAACAGCCGCGAGUACCAACAGCUAAUGAUAGACCCAAUAAAUGAAAAGGCGUUUAUCUGCAACUACAAGGAACACUGGUUUACAGUGCGGAAACUUGGACAACAGUGGUUUAAUCUGAACUCCUUAUUGACGGGCCCAGAACUGAUAUCAGAUACAUAUUUGGCUCUGUUCCUAGCACAGCUACAACAAGAAGGGUAUUCCAUAUUCGUGAUCCGGGGCAACCUGCCUGACUGUGAGGCUGAACAGAUCUUGCGGAUCAUGAGAGUUGAGCAACGGCAGAGGCCCAGGCUGAUUGGAGAGGAGGCUGCAGCCCAGUCCAGGGGCAGCCAGGGUAUGUCACUGCAGAGGUCAGUGGAGGUGGGACAGGGCUUAGAGGAGGGCAUAGUGGAUGAGGAUGAAGAAGAACUACGAAGGGCCCUCGCCCUGAGCCGACAGGAUAUGGAGGUGGAGGAUGAAGAAGCUGACUUACGCAGGGCCAUCCAGUUAAGCAUGUUGGGUGCUGCAGGUACUAGUAACACCACUGAAUCCAGUCAUGGAGGUACCAGCCAGACAGCUAAAUCUACUCAGGCCCAGGACGUACCCUCUCAGACACCCGGAGGUACUCAGAGUGAGAAGCUCAGUGCAGAGGAGUUACGGAAAAGGAGACAGGCAUAUUUUGACAGGCAGUCCCAGCAACAGGCGCAAUCCACCUCACCCCAGCAGAACAGCCAGGGCACAGGACGGCCAGAGUCAGAAAAAGGUUCCCAGGCCCAUGAUAUGGACACAAAGCACGCCCAGUGAGGGAGCAGAGGUGGAGUCACGAAGCCUAAGAUUGACUGCUCUCUGCCACGCCCGUCCAAGUGCUGCCCCACCUCUUUUUGAGGGCCAACUUCUUCCCCCUUGCCUUCUCAAAAUGCAAACAACCAGAGUGCUGAUCCACGCUGGAGUUGCUUGCAGGCUGUAUUAAAGAGAAUAAAGUAACCAGUAGUGUAACAUAACAAUGGUGACAAUAUGGUGUGGGGGGUGGGGGGUAUAGGAUUCUGUUGCAGUUAUUUCAUGCCUGCAAUGGCCUUCUACCACAGCGCCUUCAAUUCAUAUUUAUUUGCAAUGUAUUUAUUGUAAUUUUCCCCCAUUCAUGGGGAGGUGGACAAGGAACACAGGUUAGUGUGCUUUUUGCACCAGAGUAAAUAAGGUGAAGUAAGGCUGGCAUUCCAAGAGGGGCUGACUUACAGUGUACCGGGGGGGCAGUGCCCUUCCACAACUCUUUUGGAGGUCCAACAUGUGGGACCACCUGGGGUCUUGGGGGCUCCCUGUACCCUUGCCCUGGCUUUCCCUGGUCUACUCUGACAUGACCAAAUCCAAAGUAGGCUGAGAAGUUGUGUAUUAAUUAAUUCAAGGGACUUAUUUUUUCUACAGGUCCUACGUUUAAGAAGGUUGUGUUUGAGAGGCAGUAACAUAAGUCUCAUUGGCAAGAUCCAUGCAGUUCUGAUUAUUUUGCUGUUAGGAGUAAUUGAAAGUGGCCGUCGUAAAGGAAAAAAAGAUGUACCGUUUAUAGCAUUUAUUUGUUUAUUGCUUUAUUUGUUCUUUUACAAAACCUACUUUAUAUACUGCAGUAAAUCAAAGGAAAGUUGCUUGGGACAAUAAAUAGUCAUGGGCUGGUGCGGACGUAAAUGUUUACAUUGGAUUUGCUAAUAAAGUUAAGUUGCUGAAUGAUGUAGGUGGUGCCAAACUGAAAAGUGAGUUUUUACAGUAGUGUCAAAAACUUGAGAAAGUAAUAUUUUCAGCAUUUCUUGAAUUUUGCACAUAUAUAAAGUUUUAAUCAAGGGUCCAUGCUUAUGGCAUUAAAGUAUGUUCUGUUGUAUCAGUACAUUGUUUGGACCAGGUUUGAUGUGACAUGUAAGGGUUGGGGCAUUUGUUGUGACAUCUUAUUUUGCAGAUUUCUGAAACCUUGCGGUAGAUAACAAAACUUACAUUUCUGAAUUGCCAUGUAACAAAAUGCUACUUCUCUGCAGCUAAGUUUUUUUCUCUCUCCAUCAAUAAACCAUUUUCCACU